CGCUGUGGUUAGGAGGUCAGUCUCCAUAGCGAUGAUGGCAACUUCUAGUUUCAGCUGUUGAUUUUUUUUUUUUUUGGUCUCUUAUUUGUUAUCAUUGGGGAACACACACACACACACACACACUACUUAAAUUUAGACUAUCUCGGCUCGGUCACUACCAGUAAAUCGGAUAAGCUGCUCAUGAAUAAGUUGAUGAGCUCCUCCUCACUCCUCUCCUCCGCCCCCGCUUGUCCAGUUAAAUUCCUCCAGUCAGGCAUCAAGUUCCCCGGGGAAAGGGCGGAGAUUUGGCCUUAAACUCUGUAAUACAAGUACCGAACUGUAAGCAGAGGAGGUCGGACAAACCGAAGUGGUUUUACGGAAACCUCAGACAAGACUGACUCUGUGGCUCUAAUUAACGCAGCGCUGAGUGGGAGCUGAUGGGCAGGCUGAAAUGAGCCGGGAAUCCGAUGAUAUCGGGAUGAAGCAGGCGUAACCGGGAGUAUAUUAGGGGCUGGUCUGCUCUGCUGCUACCACAAGUGAGCGCGUCUUCAAGUUGAGGUUCAAUGGCAGGGAGGUCGACCAGAGGCAUAAACGGCUCGAAUGGGAGCAGAACCGCGCCGGCAAGGGCCGCUGCUCUAGCCGAUCUGCUGCACUAUGAGUGCUCCACCUUACUGGAACUCUUUAGAAAGAAGGAGAACUUCACCGAGGAUGUGACUGACCGUCGUCUGGUGUCUGUCCCUCCUCCUUCUUCCCAGCUGGAUACCAGAGACAAACUCUGGCGCAUCCACUCGGCGUUGCUACAAUGCCAAAAGUUGCUAGAGAAAGCUGUUGCCAAAGAGGAGGAGGAGCUGGGUGGUGGCAAGAAGGGCAAGUAUGAGAACAAGAGGAAGCUGGUGAAAGAAAGGUUGCCGCUGCUCAUACUUAGCACUGGAGAACUCCUCAAAGCUGCUGAAGGCACGACUUCCCUGACUCCUAGUGUGGAGGGCUUGGAGGUAAAUGUCCCAACCGGUCUGCUUGACCUGAAGCUUUGGGUGUACCGGGUCUACAAAGAGGUCAACUACUGGAGCAAGACGGCUGCCAACACCUUGAAAGACCUGCCCUCGGUCAUCGUCAAGGAAGGAGCAAGGACCACGCGGGCCAGGAACAGGAGAAGCACUCGGAGAUGAGAUGGAGAUGUGGGAAGGGUCGAUGAGGAAGGAAAAAGAUUAGGGAGAUAAAUGGCGGAGAUUGGUGAAGGUAUUGAGAAGGUAGUUGCAGAGCAAGGGGUCCAGUCAACGUCAGGAACAAAGUAAAAGACGGGGAACAGAAAUAGAAACAGCCAGCUGCAAGAGACCGAUUACUACUGACAGGGAGAUGAGAAAACUGGGUUACUGUUCAUUCAUAUAUGUAUAUGAAUGAGAGAGAGGAAAACACCAUGCUGUGACAUUUAUGGCAGAGUGUAGCACAUCUCUAUUCUUUCUUUCUU